AUGGCGUCUGGAGGAGGCUCGCCGGAUGAGGUAUUUACCGGACUCUGGGACCCCUAUGCAGAGGGAAACAACCCCUAUGACCAGGAGAGGGGAGAUGAAGAGACACUACCCUUGAUUGAGGUGGACAUUAAUACGAAGGACAUUAAUAUGAAGGACAACAUAAAGAACCAGACUAAGGCAUUGGCGGCGACCCCCCCAGCGAGCCUCGUCGCCAGCUCGGCUCCCGUCGUGGUCCCGGGGCUGGAGCCGCCGGGCUCGGAGGGGGCUGAGGCGGGAGAGAAAGUGGUCCACUCCCGCUCUCGGGUCCUCUUCUGGGGGGACACCAAGGUCCUGGGCGACGCCUUCAAGCUCCUGGUGCCCAAGUCGACGGAGUUCAUGAGCUCGGACGCCGAGCUGUGGAACUUCCUGUGCAGUCUCAAGCACGAGUUCUCGCCGGUCAUCCUCCGGAGCAAAGACGUGUACGGAUACGCCUCCUGCCGGGCGGUCGUGCCGGACUUGCCCCCGGGGUUGUCGUCGGCGUCGUCUGCGACGAGGACGGCCCACCGAAGAGACCGGCCGUGGAGGAGAGCCGCCGCCAGAGGGAGGCACCUGCGGGCCACCGUGGCCACGGCCGCGGCCAGAGGCGACGCCAGGAGCCGAGGGGGCGGCGCGAAGAGGGCGGCCAAGAAGCGCGGUUGA